AUGGAGAAUGGUAAUAAAAGAGUUUAUUUUGGGCAAAUUAAAAAAGAUAGUGUAAAACAAGUAGAACAAAAUAAUAUACCCAUAUCUCAAGAUGAAGAUAAUGAAGAGGAUGGUGUUCAAUUUUUACCAUUCUCAAAACAUGUUCAAAAAUCACACGAGUUGCAUAAAAAAUCAUUGGACGACUACGAAAGAAAAAAGAGAGCAAAGCAAGUUAUAGUGCCAACAAAUGAUAAUUUAGUAAAGUUAAAACUUCGUGAAUUGGGUGAACCAAUUAUAUUAUUUGGUGAAAAGCCAGAGGACAGGAGAAACAGAUUAAGAGAGUUAUUAAUAGAUAAAAAUAUAUUAGAUGGUACACCAAUAGCAUUAAAAAAAGAAGAACCUGAAGAGUCCGAAGAAGAAAAAGAGAAUUUUUUAACACAAGGUACUAAAGAAUUAGAAGAAGCAAGAAUUAAAAUAGCGUUGUAUUCACUAAAGAAAUCUCAAAAAAGAUUACAAGAAAAUAAAAGACAAAGGGAUAAAGAGUUGGAAAUAAAGAAACAAAAUGAUGAACUAUUUAAAUCACAUGGUGGUGUUAUUGUAGGUAGAGUUGAACAAAUGAUGGUAGAUAGAACAAAAACAGAUUUUGAAUUGGCAAGAGAUAAAACAAGAAAAGAAUUAAAAGACUAUUAUGCAUCAACAAGUCAAGUUGGUGAUGAUCGUCCAUUAUCGAUGGCUGUUUUUUCACCAAACUCUCAAUUAAUUGCAAUUUCUUCAUGGGGUGGGCAAUCAAAACUAUGGAAUAUUAAAGGUGAACAUCUUCAAACAUUUACAGGACAUACCCAAAGAGCAAGUAGCAUAGCAUUCCAUCCACAGUCAACCUUAUCCAUCUCAGAGAAUUCUGUCAAUAUUGCAACCACAUCAGCCGACUCCACUUGCAAACUUUGGUCACUUUCAAGUGAAACUCCAUUAGCGUCAUUAGAAGGUCAUUUGGAUGUUGUAAAUAGAUGUGCAUUCCAUCCAAAUGGUAGAUAUUUAAUGACUAGUUCAAACGAUAAAAGUUGGAGAAUGUGGGAUCUUGAAUCUCAAAAUACAUGUAUAUUAGAUCAAGAAGGUCAUUCAGGUGCUGUAAUGGGUAUAGCAGUCCAAGAAGAUGGCUCACUUUUAUCAACUGGUUCACAAGAUGGUUUAGUUCGUGUUUGGGAUUUAAGAUCUGGUAGACCUAUACUCUAUUUUGAAGGUCAUUCUAAACAAGUUAUAUCUGUUGAUUGGUCACCCAAUUGUUACCAUAUAGCCUCCUCAUCUGAAGACAAUACAACCAUAAUAUGGGAUAUAAGAAAAAAAGAAAAAGCCUAUCAAAUUUUAGCCCACUCUUCAAUUGUAUCCUGUGUUAAAUAUCAAAAAUCAAAUAAUAGUUCAACAUCAAUAGGUUAUUUAGCAACCAGUUCUUUUGAUGGUAAAAUUAAAUGUUGGGAACCUUACACUUGGAAACCAAUCACUACAUUAGAAGGCCAUUCCUCAAAAGUAACCUCUGUAGAUAUUGCAAAUGAUAAUUCAAAAAUAGUUUCAACCUCAUUUGAUAAAACUUGGAAAAUUUGGUCAAAUGAAAAUUAA